AUGGGGGAAACUGGAUGCAAAGCCGACGGCGAUGCGCAGCGCCCUGUGGCGCCGGCGGCCAAGGCGCCAUCGCCUCCCGCUCCAGCCGUGCGCAGGACCGCUCCGCCUGCUCCCGCCGCUGGACACCGUAGCACCCAGGAAACACCUGGGGCAGGGGCCGGGAGGAAAGCAGCCCCGGUGACAAGCGCCCCGCACACGGCACGUCCCCGGGGCGGGACGGGAGCUGGGCGGCGGCGGCCGCGUUUCAUUUCUCCGCGUCACAGUCCGUCCCCGCUCGGCCCGGGCGCGGCGAGGCGGGACCGCUCUCGGGCGCCGUUACGGCCAUGGCGGCGGGACCCACCUCAGCUCGAGCCUCGGCUCCCUCCUCAGGCGCGGCGGCAGCAGCUGAAGGCGGCAGUUACCGCUGGACGAGGCGGGUCCGGGCGCAGCGACACACACGCGCCCCGCCGCGGCGCAGCCCGACAGCCGCCAGCCACUCUUUCCCUUUGCCUCUCCUUCUCCCUCUUCCCUCCCUCCCGGAAUCAACAAGGUUUUCAAAAUGGCGGGUUCUCGGGCGGCGAGGAGGAAGCGGGAAGGCGGCGGCCAAUCAGCGCCCGCGGCCCGGCCGGCGCGGGGAGGGCAGGGGAGGGCGCGCGUCACGCGCGCCUGCCCGCCCGCCCGCCCGCGGUGACGUCAGGCCGCGCGCGGCGGCGGGCGCGCGCUCCCGCUGAGGGGAGGAGACGGGGGCGGGGAGCUUUCUACGUGACUGCUUCUCGAGCGCGUACGACUAACAAUUCCAAGGAGUGUGGCAUUCUUCCCGCCUCCCCUGUACCGCCCCCGCGCGGCUCCUGCCCGCGGGCGCUGGUGCACAGCUCCCGCUCCCGCCGCUAUCCCGUGCGUGCCAUCCCGUGCGUGCCAUCCCGUGCGUGCCAUCCCGUGCGUGCCAUCCCGUGCGUGCCAUCCCGUGCGUGCCAUCCCGUGCGUGCCAUCCCGUGCGUGCCAUCCCGGCCGCCGCGCCUCGCCCGGGCCCGCGCGGCUGCAACGGCCGCGCCUCGCCCGGGCCGCGCCGGGAGGCGCCCAACGGGAGGGGACGGCCGACGAAAGACAAGAGGCUUUUCUUUCCCGAGCGAGGUCUUCCCGCACCAGCCGCCCGUUAGCGGUGGCACCCCCCCGGCACCGAGCCCUUCCGCCGCCGCGCUCACGACGUGCAGAAUGAAUUUGUCCUUUGUGGGACGCGGCGGCGGCAGCGCCGCCUGCAGCUGCACGCCCAGGACCGCCACCGGCAGCGGCCCCGGCGGCCGGAGCACCCCCGGCGGCCGGAGCACCCCCGGUCCCCGCUCUCGCCGCCAGCCCCGGGGCGGGAGGCAGAUGCGCGGCGCGGGAGGGGAGCUGCGAGGGCGGCAGGACCCGAGCUCGGACCGGGGGCUCGCAGCAGCUCCCCGGCCGCCUUCCCGCGGGAUACCGCCCCCGGAGUGCCGCCCGCCCCGCACCAGGAGAAACCCGCGGCCAGGCAAAGGUAGGGAGCGGCAGCGAGCGCCGGGACUCGGCCGCCCCGCAUUGCCCGUGCCGAGCGGCCGCCGCGCCCCGGCAGCGGGAGGCGCUGCGCUCCCAGCGCCGGCGCCUCGCUCUUCCCCGGGGGGCCCGGGCAGGCAGCCACCGGCACCUGCAAGCGCGGGGAAGGGAGCCGAGCCCCUUCCCUCCUUCUCCCGAAGCUUGUACACCCCCGCCUUUCAGGUGAAGAGGAGGUGA